AUGUCAGUCUCGCAAGUGAUCGGAAAUCCCACAGACAACUACUGGCUGUAUGAUCCUGCCAGCGACACAUUCGAUCUCUCACGUGGAUCCAAGUCUGACUCGCUCAUCACACUCGAGACCACGACGCAGAAGACAUGGCUCGAUCCUGCCAGCACUGUCUUGCUUCUGAUUGAUCUUCAAAACUUCUUCCUCCACCCCGCGGUACGACCACGCAAGACAGAUAUGCCUUCACCGGCAGAAGCAGCCACCGAAGCGCUCCUUCGCGUCGGUAUUCCUGCAGCCCGUCGCCAUGGGAUCAGAAUCAUUUGGCUCUGCUGGGGUCUGACGGAGCAGGACCUCAGCCAGAUGCCACCGGCGAUUUUUCGCACGUUUGGAUGCUUUCAAGAUGGGCGCCCGGCAGUCGGACAUGCCACAGAUCCCAGCAAGAGCAAGACACCGACUCCAUCGCUCCCUGACAUGCGUCGCGUCAAAGACCCCGCCUUGUACAAGGGCCUCGGGACCGAGCUUGGACCCGUAGCGCUAAGCGAUCAGGAAACGGUUCCUGGCGGGGCGGUCCUGAUGCGCGGGUCGUGGAAUGCGACUCUGUUCGACCCCUUUCACCAGGAAUACGAGAGAAGCCAGGAUCGGUCCACGUCCACGGCGACUGACUUGCGGCUCAAGCCCGAUGUCCUUUUCCACAAGAAUCGCAUGUCGGGUCUGUGGGGGGCCGGGUCCGAGCUGGAGACUUUUUUGCAGCGCGAGGGAAUCACGACCUUGCUCUUUGGCGGGGUGAACACCGAUCAAUGCGUGGGGAGUACAUUGACGGAUGCGUUCAGUAAAGGAUACGAUUGUAUUCUGUUGCGCGAUGGCGUGGGGACGGGGACGCCAUAUGGUGCUAGCACGGUGUGGGAGUAUAAUUCGAUGAAUUGUUGGGGGUUUGUCACGACCUGUGAUGCUUUGGCUGAUGCAUCGGUUGAGGCACAUUAA